CAUGAAUUUUCAGAUCCAUCACACAUUUUCAAAGGUGUAGCAAUUUUUGUAAAUGGCUAUACUAAUCCUACCGCCGACGAAUUGAAAAGAUUAAUGAUGGCUCAUGGUGGAAUUUAUCACCAUUAUUUAAGAUCUCAAAGCACAACACAUAUGAUAGCUUCAAAUUUGCCUUAUUCCAAAAUUGUUGCUUACAGGAAAGCACAAAGACCAUUGCCUCUUUGCAAACCAGAAUGGAUAACGGAUAGUAUAAAGGCAGGAAAAUUAUUAGAUCAUAAAAAUUAUUUAUUAUAUUCUCAGUGUACUGAGACACAGCCUGCAAUUUUUUCACAUUUUAAGAAAAACAGACUUUCGCAAACAGUGCAACCAGAGCCUAUUAGUACAAAUUCAAAAGUUUUCAGCAAGACAGUAAUUUCAAAGCCCAAAGAAGAACAGUCUCCAUCUAUAUCACAUCCAAUUAUUCCUGGUUCAGCAAUAGCUAAUUGUACUAAAAAUCCAGAAUUUCUAACUGAAUUUUAUAAUAAUUCACGUUUGCAUCACAUUUCAACAAUGGGUACAAUGUUCAAAGAGUACAUUACUGAUUUAAGAGAUAAACAUGAUGGAAGAUUCCCAGGUCUUGAGUUUCUAAAAAAGCAAUCUAUUGAGCGACAUAAGGCUGGUCCCUCUGCUAGACAAGAUUAUAUUGAGUCUGAUGAAGAGUUAUUUGAUGAGGAAUUGCCUAGUGAUUUGCAGAAUCAAAAACCUAUAACAAAUAAAAAUCCAAUUAUCAUGCAUAUUGAUAUGGAUUGCUUUUUUGUAUCUGUUGGUUUACGGAAAAAUCCAGAAUUAAGAGGUUUUCCUAUAGCUGUUGCUCAUGCAAAAGGUAACAAAAUAUCAGAUAAUCCAAGUGAAUAUGGUUCAAUGUCUGAGGUAGCCUCGUGUUCCUAUGAAGCUAGAAAAGCUGGAGUAAGGAAUGGUAUGUUUCUAGGAAAAGCAUUAAAACUUUGUCCAGACUUGAAGGUUAUUAGAUAUGACUUUGAAGGAUACAAAGAAGUUUCUUAUACCUUAUAUGACACAGUUGCUUCUUACACUUUAGAUAUUGAAGCAGUUAGCUGUGAUGAAAUGUAUGCUGAUUGUACUAAAAUUUUACAAGAAUCUAAAUUGAGUCCAUUAGACUUUGCUACAAUAAUUAGAAGUGAAAUAAGAGAAAAAACUGGAUGUCCAGUUUCAACAGGGUUUGGCCACAAUAAGUUACAAUCAAGAUUGGCAACGAAAAAAGCAAAACCUGACGGUCAGUAUUUUUUGACAGAUGAUACUGUUAUGUCCUUUAUAAGAACAUUAAGUGUCAAAGAUUUACCAGGUGUUGGUUGGUCGACUAGUAGUAAAUUAGCAGAAAUGAAUAUUGAAAUUUGUGCUGAUUUAGAAGCUUUGCCUUUAUAUGAUCUUCAAAAAGAAUUUGGUAAAAAGAAUGGUCAGCAAUUGUAUGACAUGUGCAGAGGAAUUGAUAAUACAAAGCUGAGCUUAGAGCAUAUUAGAAAAUCCGUUUCUGCUGAAGUAAAUUAUGGUAUUAGAUUUGAGAAUACUGCAGCAGCUCACGAGUUUUUAAAAAAGUUGAGUGAAGAGAUCAGUGAUAGGCUGAAAAAAAUCAAUUCCAAAGGUAAAUGCGUCACGUUAAAAGUUCUUUUUCGUGCCAAAGAUGCACCAAAUGAACCAAGAAAAUUUAUGGGUCAUGGAGUUUGCGAUGCUUUUAACAAAUCUAAGAACUUUAUCGCUUCAACUGACGAUCCUAUCACAAUUGAAAGAGAAGUUGUACACCUUUGGAACCAAUUCCAACAAAACCCUGAAGAUGCUAGAGGUAUUGGAAUUCAGAUAACCAAACUGGAGUCUACAAAAAAUAAAGCGAGUGGAUCUACUAUUUUUAAAUUUAUUAAUAACAUGAAAGCUGCAGUGUCAAAUGACAAACCUGUGAAUCAUAUCACAGUUCCUUACACGAAAAAGCAAUCUACAAAAUGCAGUUUGAUGGAAUUUUUCCAGCCUGAAAAUAAAAAUAAUUCUAAAGACAGUUAUUUACAACUGCAAGACUAUAACAAAGUUAGUUCAAAUGUAGAAAGUUGUUCGAAUUUAAAUGAAAUACAAUUGGAUGAUAAUGUUUUAGAUAAUAUAAUGAAGGGAGAUAAAGUUACAGAAAUAGCAAAACAUACAAAUGUUAAAACAUGCCUUAGUAACAAAAUUACUGUGAGUAAAGAAAAUCAGUUUUCGAAAGAACUCAAUUUUGAAGAUGAAAUUAAAGAUGACUCGAGUAAUGAAAAAUUAAAAUGGCCAAAUAGUAAUAAUACAGAUCUAAAUAUUGAUAAUCAUAUAGAAUCUGAAGAAUUAAAGUUUGAUGACGAUGAGUUAAAUGAAGUGUUAGGAAAUGUGAAGAAUGAAGUAUUUUUCAGAAGGGAAGAUUCCAAUACGGAUGAUAUAAAUAUUAGACUUCAACCAAUUUUGGAAAGUGAUUACGAUAGUGAUAACUCAAAUCAGUGCCAAAUCUCAAAAAGAACAAAUGGACAGCAAACCAAAAUUUCUAGUCAACUUAGGCAAACCAAGCAAUCACAAUUUUUUAAACAAAUAAAGCCUUUUUCAUCCAGUAGAGUAAGUAAAGUCAAAUUGCCGGAACUUCAAGAAAUUGAUAUGCAAGUUCUCAUAGAAUUACCAGAAGAUAUUCGUAAUGAAAUUCUCAAUGAGUAUAAGGAAAAGAAAAAUGAAAAUAUGGAAGAUGAAAACAAAGAUUUCAGAACUUCUGAACCACUUAUCCUAAAUAAUAAUAUUCAAACGAAUACUAACAUAAAUAUAGAAGAUAUAUCAUUUUCUCAAAUCGAUCCGGAAUUUUUAGCGGCUUUACCUAAUGAUAUGAAGAACGAAGUCAAACAUUACUGCGAUGCUCAACGAAAAGUGAAAAAAUUACAAAUUGAAGAUAAACGUACAAACAAUGGCUGGUACAUCUUCAAAAAUGACGAAAAACCUCAGAAAGGUAUUACUAAAUCGAAACGUGGUAGACCUAAAUUAGCGGAUAAAGUGGUAAAGAAUAAAGAGAAAAAGGCAGUAGCAAGUACUUCGCAUAAUAAAUUUGCUAAAGAAUCUGAACCGAGUUCAAGUAAUAUAAAAGUAGAUUUACAAGACAAGAAUAAAAAAAAUCAAUUAAGUAAAGAAACUUCAGUAACAAACAAAAGUUUUUACUUUGACAAUUCACAAGUCAACUCGCAGCACAAUGAAAUGUUAUCAAAUUUGGUCAGUUGUCUCUUAGAACUUCCAAUUGCUCAGCAUCAAGUUAUGCAAUGGAUUCGAAGUAGUUCAAAUGUUAAUGAUGUUGAUUUUCUAUCAUUGACCACUUACCUUGGAACGCUACCGAGAAAACACCGUCUUGCAGACCUUCAUAUUCUAAUGAAAUGUUUGCAUAGGUGUAUAUCAGAAACUAAAAGUUGUAUCUGGCACGAUACUUACAAAAAAAUAGUGAUCCACGUUCAAAUUCGUAUGCGUCAGGAGUAUACAUACGAUCUAAUGAUACCAUCAGAAGUGGAAUGUGAUCGGUGCCAUACCUCAAUACUGUGAUAUUUUUAUUGUUAUUUUUAUAAUAGUAUU